AUGAAGUUCUAUAUCAGCGCCAGCUUUGCGGGAAACCGCUACCCUCUCCAACGCCAACCUCUGGGGCAGGAGGAGGAGGAGGAAACUCCUCCUCCCCUGCCCGAAUACGACCCAGACGAUUGGGUGGUCACGCGUCCGCGCACCCCUCCGCUUCGGUCGUCCUCGCCCACCCUGCCUCUCACGCCUCCGCCAAAGAACGAAAAGAAAGUCACAGUUCUUGGGGAGGGAGCGAGCGAGGCCGAAGCGGAGGUGGUCAAGCCGAAAAGAAAGGCCAAGGGGGAUGAUGCCCCACCCAAGAAGAAGAAGAAGGCUGCCAAGGAGGAGGAGAAGGAGGAGAAGAAGCAGAAGAAGAAGAAGAAGAAGAAGAAGGACAAGGAGAACGAGCCGCCGGAGUGA